UAAAAUAAGUAUCUCGUGAUCGCGGCCAUGAUGCUCUAUCGAAGACAAUUACGCAAGUCAUAUUGAAUUAAUAUUUAUAAGAGACAAAAAACUUGCCUCUCUUAUUUCACAGAGAUAAUCCAGAGCACGAGAAUAAGAAUAACGUGACGUAAAACAAUAAUGUCGCGAUCGUUGCCUGAUAGCCCUUAUCAGUCCACGGCCACUUUUGCAUCAUGCGACCUUCGUCACCUCCAUCGUCGUAAGCCUCACGUUUUGGUCGCUGUUUCGUCCGUUGAUUCGGUGAAUUCAGCUAAAAGAGAACACAUCCAAUCUGAUCAUUCCGGAUCUCUUUGUAAAAGCUGGAAGAUUUCCAUGAGAAAUGAUUCAGACUAUUAUCAUCUUGCAAAGAAACAGCAGGGUCAUCGAAUGAGGACGAUACCGAUUGACCUAUGCCAGCAUCAAAGUACAUCACGUUUUCAAAUAAAGUCACGUUUAAAUCACGUUUCAACAGCUGAUAAGCUUGACCUUUUUACAUAUGGACAUGCCCCGAUAUGCAGUCACCCGAUUGACCUCGAGAGUGUCGAAACAAAGAUAAACGAGGAUUAUCCGAUUUUAAAAUCUUUCCUGGCAGGCUCGUUCUCCGGGACGUUCUCCACGAUUCUUUUCCAACCGCUGGAUUUGGUGAAGACUAGGCUUCAAAGUAGAGUCAAUGUCUCCAUCGAAUCGCCGAAAAAUGGAAUGUUGGGCACGGUGGCAAACAUUGUUCAAAAAGAGAAUGUCUUCGGACUUUGGAAGGGCAUGACGCCGUCGAUAACCAGGGUAAUUCCCGGUGUGGGUCUAUAUUUCUCAUCAUUACAUUGGUUGAAGCACGCCUUUGAUUUGGAAGAACCAUUGACGGCCCUGCAGGCGAUUUCCUUAGGCAUUACCGCACGCUCUAUGUCCGGCGCUUUGCUGAUUCCUAUUACUGUCGUCAAGACGCGAUUUGAGAGCGGCGUUUACAAAUAUAAUGGUAUCAGCGAAGCUCUGAGGUUGAUUUACAAACAAGAAGGAAUGAGAGGUUUAUCUAGUGGACUAGUACCUACCCUUCUACGGGACGCGCCUUACAGCGGUUUAUACCUUAUGUUUUAUACACAACUGAAAAGCGUGGUUGCUAGUACAGGAGCAACAGGCGAUUCGCCGAUACCGAUUCAUUUUGGCUGCGGGAUCCUCGCUGGAGUUUUAGCUUCGGUAGUCACGCAACCGCCGGACGUUGUCAAAACGAAGAUGCAAUUGUAUCCGAAUGAAUUCAAUGGCAUUUAUCAUGCGACAUUUCUCGUCUAUAAAAAGUACGGUGUCUUGGGGUAUUUCAAAGGUAUCGUUCCUAGAAUGCUGAGACGAACUUUGAUGACCACUAUGGCUUGGACCGUAUAUGAACAGGUAACGAGACGAAUAGGCUUAAAAUGAAUGCAUUAUCGCUGUAUGAAGUUAUUGUACACCAGAAGAGGAUUGUACCAUGUCCAGUAUUAGUAUAUACUAUUUAUAUAUAUUAUUAGUUGGCGUGAGACACAGUAUCUUUCUCUGUACCUCGCAUAUUUAUUUGUAAAUAAUAAUAUAUAAAUAUAUAUAUAUAUAUAUAUUUUUCCAAAGUUAUGACUGCAUAUUUAACGCCGCCAACUCUCUUAUAAAUCUUUCCUUUUCGUUCACUUUUAUAUAUUUUAUUUUGUUAUUCUCAUAUAUUUAAUAUAAUACAAUAAGGAUUUUAAAAAUGACAAAAAAAAUUCAAGACUCUUGAAAUAUGUUGAAAGUUGAUAUUUAAAUCUGAAUUAAAUCUGUUUUAAUUCCAAAAUCGCACAACAUAGAAUAAAAAAAACAGAACGAUAUAAAUGUGCAUAUAGCAUCAUUUUAUUAAUUCCAAAUAACAAUCUUAGGAGUAUUAUAUUAUAAUUGCGGUACAUUAAUACCGCGAGUUAAUAUUAGAUAAUUUACCUUUCUGAUCGCUCUGUUUAUGUAUAGAUGGCCUAAAAUAACAAUUACUCAAUACACAAGUUAUAUCAA